UUACCAUUCAGAGUCGGUUCUGUUGGGUCGGUUCCGCUAGUUUCAGGCAACUCACAAGCUCAAAACAAUAAGGUUCAGGUCCGCUUGUCUCCUCCAAAUAGACUUGGUCCCUUUCUUCUCGAGUGUCUGGGUAAGGAGGGGGAGAAACGUCCUCCACUUCUAAUAACUGCUCAGAGUGAAGGGAGCUAGCAUCGUCUAGUUAGCCAUCGUCUUCGUCACUGCCUCCGCCCUCUCGGUCCUCCAGGCAAUGCCUACUAAUGUUGCAGUUUUUAAAAUUGAUACGUGGGUGGAGUAAGACUCUUGAGGGGGUCAUUACCACGUCUUUAAAGAAAUACUGUGACCUUCGACGAGUUGAAAGUAACUAGAUAAGUGACGAGAUUAAACGUAAACUUCCACAGGUAGCGUGUCUCGACCAUCGACAUUAAUUUUUUUUUAGAAUAUUGGUUCGUUAACAAUACAGUCAAGAUACACAACUGACUCAAUAUCCACUAUGAAGUACAUGGAGACAGUAUAAACAUAACAAAAACAUACCAACAGAUUCAACGCCAUCAACAUUAAUAUACUCGACUUGUAAACAGCCUGCCUGUGACGCAAUAAUUGGCCUGCGCAUGUGCGCUGCGCAUUUCCCCAAAGUAGCACAUUCGACGGGGAGCACGGAUAGUCGGAACACCUGGCAUGAGUCUCGAUUAGCGGAAAGUGAGAAAAGUAAUGAAAACGCUGGAUUGUCCCACACAAAGCGGGACGUCCUUACUAGAUGUUCUAGCAUGUUUGGGUUAGGGUUGCCACAACCUACCAUUACCAAAUUAAUACAAAACAAAGAUAAUGUUCCAUUCUGGUUCUAUUAAGCAAGACUAAAUCAAACACUUUGUUGUUAAACGUCAUUUGCAUGGCGCUUAGCUUUCAUUUGAAAGACAUCGAUGAUGGCAACUUCCUCUUGCUGCUUCUACUUUUUGCAGACACUGAUCCUGGAUUGGAUUUGUGUUCCUCCUUCUAAAUAAUGGUCGUUUAAUAACGGUUACAAUGAAACACAAAAUAUGAUCCCAGUUCAGCAAAUACAGUGAACUAGAGAGCUCUUUUGUUUCUGGACAUACGCACAUGCUGGUUUAGUUAGGUUGCUUAAGUUCUGACAGACAUCUCUGCGAGCCAAUCACAUACGUCCUGAGCUGCGCGUGUCACCUUGUAAGGCGGGCUUUUCUGGUGGGCGUGAAAGACACGAAGAGGAGGUCAAACGAGCUGCAUGAGUUUGAGAAACGUGAGGCUGUCUCAAGGAAAGAUAAUCAGAUAGACAGCAGUACAUUAGGACAAUACAGUUUUUGUCAAUUAGUAGGGUUCCGGUUCGGGUUAAAAACGGGAAUAUUCGGGUGCGUGUUCGUUUAUUUCUGGUGUAAUAUUUCUGUAAUACUCGGUUAACAGCUAGCUAAUGCUAACCUAGCGUGGUCUCAAGGGCUGACAGCCAGUAACUUCUACAGAUAGGUUAACAUUUGCUUAAUUUACAUUAGUAUUCACGUUGAAGUAAGCAUGGAGCUUUUUCAUACAAAGCAUUAGCUUUGGCUCACAAGUUUGCCUCUGAAUCUGAACGUUGGUGGCUGACAGUUCUGCCUGAUAUUUAUCUCGUCUUUCGAGCCUUGUGUCACGGUCACGGCUGUCAUGUUUCAGUCAGUUUCCCGUCGCCCUAUUUGUGAGAUCGGAGUAAACACAAUGAAGCUCCAGGACUGUAGGUUAUUUGGACGUGCCGUAGAUGGGGGCAGGGGUAGGCUUGAGAGGCUCCCUUGGCUGGGCAGGAAUGUGGGCCUGCUGUUGUCCUGGCUCCAGAGGGCACGGGCCGGUGCCAGCAGGGCUGAUGGUCCAAAGAGGAAAGGACUACUCUCCAUAUUUGCAGACCACUGCAGCUUCGUGACCGGUCAGAGGCUCCGGCGUGCUUGCCAGGUUGGUGAGCUUUACUCCAACCUUUACUCUGAGCGAACCAAGUGGACUCUGGUGGGCAACUUUUGGCGCAGAUUUCAGAGCAAGCACGCCCCUGCUGGGAAGCUUGCUGCGGUUCUGGCUGGCGUCUUCAUGUGGGAGAACGAGAAGAUCCAAGAUGAGGAGAUACGCAGGUGUGGACUCGAGCUAGAGGCCCUUGAAUCUGUAAAAUGUCUGUGCACAUCUUCUGGAUCUGUGGCUGGACAGCAUGAAAGUGGCUGGGAAGUUGUGAUGGAGAAGAAGGAUUUCAGAGUGUGGAAGCGUCCCAUACCCAACAGUCACCUUUAUGAAUACAGAGUGUUGGGCUCCUACAAUGAUGUCACACCGAGACAGUUCUUCAACGUACAGUUGGACACGGAGUACAGGAAGAAGUGGGACUCUCUGGUUAUCAAGCUUGACGUGAUCGACAGAGAUGCCAGCACAGGAUCUGAAGUUGUGCACUGGGCCACACAUUUUCCUUAUCCCAUGUAUUCACGUGACUACGUUUAUGUGCGCCGUUACGACGUUGACUUUGGAAAUAACCUGAUGAUCUUAGUGUCCAGAGCUGUCCACCAUCCUAAAGUUCCAGAGACUCAAGAGUUUGUGAGAGUCCACUCUUACCAGUCAAAGAUGGUCAUUCGCCCACAUAAGUCCUUUGAUGAGAAUGGUUUUGAUUACCUGCUGACGUACAGCGACGACCCAAAGACCGUUUUUCCUCGUUACUGUGUGAGCUGGAUGGUAUCAAGUGGUAUGCCUGAUUUUCUGGAGAAGCUGCACGUUGCCGCUUUGCGGGCCAAGAACCUGGAGGUUGGGAUUCACGACUACACGGGAGUCAUUAAGUCCAGCGACAUCAACCGACAGCCGAACCAAGAGCGCAUCGGUGGAGAAAACGCACACACAAGUGGUUCUGGGCAGAUUUAUGCUUAAGUUGGAUUCUUCAUAGACCAGGAGUUAUAUCGGCAUGUUCUGAACUGCACUAGAGUCCACAUAAAGCCCUCCAACCCAGCCUUUAGGGUACAAAACCAAGUUUACAACCGACUGCAGACACAUGUCCAUCUGUAAAUGUGUUCGCUCUGGUUGUAAAUGAGAUGAGUGCAGCGGACUGUGUUGUUGACUGCAUCGCUGUCCUCGUAGACACAUUGUUGCAAUGACAAAUAUCCAGACUGAUGGCUGUGGCCAGCCAAUUUCAUGGGACUUUAAAAAAAUUUUUGUAGUCUUUGACAGAUGUGAGUGCUGCAACUAUUUGUCAGAUAGAGCCAUAUUCAUGUGUGUUGAGGUGCUUUUGCCAAAGCACAGGUUUUUUCAUUCUAAAGCUCUGUUGGCUUCACACUGUUCAAACCACCAGCACCUAGAAGGCCUCCGUGGAGAUUCUGGUGCUUUAAACAAGGAGUCAUGUAUUCAGAAGAACCUAUCACUGAAGUUAAUUAUGAUUGAAUUCUGGCGGACUGUGUUAAAUACACGGUUUUGGUCAAAUGAUCACUCAUGUUUGCAAUCAGCGUGUUGGGAUGUCAUGAAUAAAACAAAACACCACUUUCUGGAAACUAGUCCUGAUAAUCUAAGAAGACAAUUGUAGGGAUUUUUUUGUGUUUUGAGGACGUUUGCAGUUGUCAGAGUUGAGGUCUUGGUUUGUUUCAGUGUUUAAAGCUGCCAGCCUUCUGAAGAUAAAGCAUUAGAGGCAUAGUGUCUUAUAACAACCAUAGAAAUCCUCAUAUAUAACGGUACUGGUGUGUUUCUAGCAAGGAAAACACUCAAACUAGUGCCCCAGACUGUGCCACAUUUCAUUUUAAUUUUGUAUCUCAGCUCUUUUAAUGCUCGUUUCUUCGUCAGUUUAGUUUGUAGUCUUUUUAUGGUUGUUUUGCUGUUCUUGUAUAUCAAAAAUUAUAGAUACUGGAAGAGCAUUUUUAAAAUGUGUGCAGCAAGCUAACAUCUUUCUCCUGAGUUUCAAUGGUUUUUUUCUCUAAAUGUACGUCCUACUGAAGUUCCACUGUAUUCACCCAGUUCAUCGUUAUUUCUAAUGAAUUAUAUGCAGGGAAUGUAAUGAAUGUACAUGGAAAAAAAACCACCCAUAACACUGUUUACAGCCUGUGAAACUGGCACAAAUGUCCAUCUGUUUAACAAAACUCAUCUUGUUCUGAAUUUGAGCUGUUUAUAGGGUGGGUACAUCUGGAAAACCUGUUAUUUUGACAUGACAGAAGUCCCAUCUAUAUGUUAUUGUGCGUGUCACACUAUUCAAUAAAUUAGAAAAAAAGUAAAAUGCUAACCUUGUUAGUACAUUCCAUGGUAAAUCAAAAUUGUGAAAAAUAACCAAAUUAGAUGUCAUAUUUGCUAUUAAGCUUGUGUGUACAGUUAAAGGCUGUCCUUUCUCAUUUUUGCAGACAGUAAAUCAGUUUUAAUGAGCGUUAGCUGAUGUGAUCUCAAAGAUAAUUUGUUUAAAGGCAAAGAAGUUGAAAAAAUGAAGUUCUCUGUGCACAUCUUA